CUGGCUGUCACAACAGUCUGUCAUUUCUUUUUUAACUAUCUUAUCUCGGCCGGACUUUUCUUGAAAUUAACUUUAUAUUUUGUAUUGUUAUUAUAAUUAAAAAGCCAUUGUAUAAAAAAACAAUUAACAUAUCCAAAAAUAAAUGUGAACUAGUAAACGUGAUAAAUAAAAUAGUGUUAAACCAUAAUAGAGAAACGCCAAAAUUGUGUAUUACCGAACAAUACUGUGUCAUCGUCCGUCAUCGUUAAAAGUCAAAGAGGAAGACUCUCAAAUCUCUUUAAAUUAAAAUUAAUAUUAAUUAGUAUGUUCUAAAUAAAAAUAUAAAAUACCAUUUAAUUUUAAAUUUAAAAUGUAUGAGAAAUGACCGCAAGAGAAACAGAAUUAAAGCCAUUUGAUGGAAAUCCCAAUAUAAAUAAAAUUAAAUACGGCGAUGCUGAUCUUUGUUCAAAACGACGAAAACUUCAUAAAAUUAACGAGCAAGAAGAAGAAGAUGAUGAAGACGAGGAAAAUUUAAAUACUUCAAUUUGCCCUGAUGAUGAAACUUACUUGAAGUUUGAAAGAAACGUAAAUAAAAAUUGUUUUCAAAGUUCAUUUGUUGAUAUUGAAGAGGAUUCAUAUAGUAAACCUAAACGUAAUUAUACUUCAUAUACAUUAACAUCCCAAAAUUUGGAGUCAAGUGCCAAAAACAACCUCAUAAUAACCGAUAAGCCAUCAGUAUCUAGUAAAGGCUUCGAAAAUACUUUCAAGUUACUACAGAAUCAAGUAAAAACGAAUACUCAAAAAACAAUUGACUUAAUCAAAACAAUAAGUCCGGAUAAUGAAUUUCCAUCAACAUCAGGAUCAAACAUGUGCGUUGUAAGAGAGGAGGAACCAACAUGCUUCGAACUUGAAUUGGAAGCCAUGCAACGGAUUCAAGUUUACGUUAAUGAUUUAGAACACGUAAAGCAUGUAGAAAAAAGAAAGAGUGGAUUCUUAUCAACGCCAUUAUUGGAGUUACUUUACAAUUUUGUUUCUAGGGGGCUUUCACAAGAUUUUCUUAAUGACACUGAACAUUCAUUUGAAGCAAACACAGCAUAUAAUGAUACUGAGUACAAUUCAAACUUAAUGUAUCAUGUGGGGAAAAAUUCUAAAGGUGCAAAAUGUUUGAAAAUUGUGCGCAAUUUACUUAAACACGAUCAAGUUCUAUGUGGUAAUCGAGUAAGCCAAAUGACGAGAGCAUAUGAUGAUAUAGAGGCCGUCACUCGCCUUCUCGAAGAGAAGGAGAAAGACUUGGAGCUGACGGUGCAAAUUGGUAAAGAGCUAUUAACACAAAAUAAUUUACUAGAGAAUAGAUUAGCAGAAUUAGAAGCCGAUUUAAAAUCAGCAAAUGAGGAUCGCGCUCAACUUGUACAUGAGUUGCAGAAGAAAAAUGAACUUAUUUCUGUCCUCACAAAUGACGGAGAAGAUACUAGUGAUAAUGAUACACCAACAUAUUCUAAAUCAAUUACAUUAGAUUUAUUACAAAAGAAAAUUGUAACAUUACAAGAUGAAAAUAAAUCUCUCAAAAUAGAGGCAUCCCAAUUAGCUUGUCAAACGGAUGAGGUGGAGGCACACGAACGACAACUAAUGGACGAUAUAUCGUCGCAACUAAAUGAUGCAAACAAACAAUUUGAAGGUCUUAGUUUAGAAUUAGAACGUCAGCGGGAAGAGAAUCGUCUCCAGCAUGAACAAAUUGUAAGUUUAACUGCACGUUUAUCCGAAGCUGAAAUGAGGCUACAUCAGCUAACCCACGACAACGAUGAACAUAUUACAUUAUUGAACAUCACAAAAGAAAAUCAAAAUUCGCUGGCAUUAGAGUUAGUAGAAUUUAAACAACGAUACCAAGAAGUAUUGGCUCUAUUGCAGGAAACCCAAGAACAACUACGGAAACAACGUAAGAAGACGCUUCCUCAAGCACGUAGUUCAUUUAUGUCUACUCUUGGCGGUUUGCAGCCAGACUCACUACAAUCUGAAUUAAUGGAAUCUUCACUAUACUCUGAGAACAGUAUCGACUCUGGCAUUUCGGGUGAUAAUCAACGUAUCAACGAUCGAAUAGGACGAUUGAUGUCACAACUUCCAGGCGUUAGUAACUGCGGCAACAGUUCCAUGAAUUCUAGUGGUAUUUGCGCUUUUAGUGGAGGAUCUUUACCUCCUUAUAAACGAGUGUUCGAUACAGUGCGAUGUGCAACGAAAAGCGGUAAUUUCGCUGACAGUGAAAUUACAUCCAUGACUCACCUUGGCGCCAUGUCGAUGAGUAGUGCAUCUGGACCGCGCAUGUCUGCGAUGCCAUUCGUGGGCGGUGUAAAUCAAAAUAAUACUUCAUUUUGUCGUGAUGGUGGCAUGUCUUUGGGUAUGGGUGUAAGAACAUUAUCGUGCGAAAGCAUAAAUUCUCAGUCAGAUGACUGUUAUCCAACCCAACCGUCGGGUGUACCAGGGGCUCCAGGUGCAAAAGAACUUGAAGCUGCUUUAAAAAGACUUACACCAGCAGAAGUUCUGGCAAGAAGAGCUAUGUUAUCUUACGCCCCAGCUGGAACUUAUUCGUAUGAUGAUCAACAACCCCCAGCUACCCUUCCACUGGGAGUACGAACACCUGAUAGCAUUAUGUCGACCGGAUCAUCCGGAAUUUCGUCAUCGACUAACAUGUCAUCAUCGAUGCAUCAAUGGCGUCUUCCUGAGAAAUUACAAAUUGUCAAACCGAUAGAAGGUUCUCAGACAUUGCACCAUUGGACGCGUCUUGCUACACCUACUCUAAGUGGUCUGUUAGAAGAACGACCUGGAGUUACAAUAAGGGGUGGUCGGGGUCUUGAUGAUUUAGGUAUGCAAGUUUACACACUCUCAGAUGUAGAAGAAGAUGUCAGUGAUGAAUUGCCUGGUAAACAAUUUGAAUUUUCCGGUUGUACUUAUACCUAUACCACCAGCACUGUCAUGCACCCAGAUGACGGCCUAAUAACCGAUUUAUCUUUCCUCUCGCAAUCCCAGAUGUCCUCUCGAAUGGCAUCAACGUCGACGUCACGUCAACCAAGCUGCCCUCCAACACCUCGAGCUGGUUUAUCGCGCAAAAAUUCGUGUUCCACAUUUUCUGUUAACCUGGGCUUAGCGUCCAUGUUGAACGAACGAGGUAUUAAAGCUGUGACUCCAAGCGCCUUAAAUACACCAGCAGGUCCUAACUUUUCACCCACUGUCACUCCGUGCAACAGUCCAGAGGGAUCACCUACGCGUUCAAUGUCGCCAGAACCAUUAUUCGGUUUACUUUCUUCUGGAGCUGAUUUAAUUAGACGAAAACUUGUUGGUGGUGAUAUUGAAAGACCAAAUCGAAAUCAACAACACCAGAAACAGCAGAAAAUAAUGCUAACACGUCUUGAACGACGUGCCCUAAGAUCAUUGCGGCUGGUGGAAAAAGUCGAAAGUAUUGGCCUAGAAAACAUUAUUACCACACAACCAAAUGCAAUGUCACAGCUCGCAAGUGGUAUUGCUAAUCGCAGCGCCAGUCCAAUGGCUCAAUUAACAAGCCUCAAAAAUAUUCACACGAAUUCUAAUAAUGUUGUAAGUGACUUACACUUUGAUCGCAACCAGAUAAAAGACGUACUUCAGAAAGGACUUAAUCCUAAGGAGCUACAAAAUCCAACAUCAUCUAAAACAUCAGCUGCUGUAGUAUCAAGAACAUCGGAUGAAUGCGAAAACAAGAAAAUAAGCCAUACUGAUACUAAGCAGCACCAAAAGAUGCACAAACUAGAAGAUGGCGCACAAAGCAAAGCUGGAAGCACAAUAUCUGAUUUGGAAAAUUCUAGUGUUCGAGUUAAGCAAAUGUUGCGACAAAAAUCACGUCGAAACUUGAAAAAUGGCCAAAGACCUGAUUUAGGUACCAUUGGAGGUCGAGUGCGCACAGAUUUAGGUCGAGUUUCACCAAAGCAAAACGACCAACCGUCAAGCACUCACAAUAAGUCAUCUGCUGUAGCACCUGGAAGCAGUUCCAAAAACAUCUCUACAAACGGUAAAGACCAUGAUACCAAAGAACAACAGCAACAAAGCAUUACGCAAUCGUUCGUCGGAACUGUAAGCUCGUUACUGUUUGGUCGGAAGGGUGGUUGGCUGUAAACUAACUAUAUGGUUUAGACUCAAAACUGUGUCUUUUUCUGGUGAUAGUACUGAUAUUUCUCACCUUGGAAGCAAAACAUAAACCCUUUUUAGAUAACCAAUUUCAUAAACUAUUUUAAACAACACUACGCAAUAUAUUCAUUCUAUCCAGCAACUGUAGUGCACUUAAUUCCGGUGCAUUUAUUCAUAUAAGCAUUUUCUUUGUUUGCAAUAAUAAUAUAAACAUUCGUAUGGAGCAAGACUUGAACGUUUGAAGGUCAACAUUUUCUUAUAUAUAAAAGCUGAAAGAACUUCUUCAAGAAUCGUAAUAUCUGCAAUAUAUUAAAAAGUAUUUGAAAAUUGUUUUUUUAAAUAAGAGAUGACCAUGUCAAGUGCUUCAUUCAAAAUCGUAGUCUUACAAUGCUGCCUAAAUGCAAUCAAAAACAAUAUUACUUCUUACAUACCUAUACAAUACAUAUUAAAUGUAUGUAUGUAUAUGAUAUAUAUUAUUUUUAAUUAAUUCUUUCAAUUGAAUUAUGUACAUUGCAAUGUGUAUUUUAAUUUGUUUGAUCAAUGGCGGCCGGAAUGAAUGUUUAUGCGGGGAUGAUCAGAACAUUUUUUAUUUCCUUAUAACAAAAUGUAUAUUUUUCUUUUGUUUUUAAUAUUAAAAAUAUAAAACAAUGGAUGUUUGCUCUAAUGUAUUAUACGAUAUCAAUGUAUCUUUAAAUGAGUUAGUACCAGCGUAAGUGGCUUUAAAAGCGAUAGAAAAUAAUCCCAUUUUUAUAAAAGAGUGGUGCUGAAAUUCUCUUCAAUAAGGAUUUUCUCAUCUGUAAAAGCCUUUAAUCGAGAAACAAUAUACAACAUAUUUAUACACAUGUAGCAUUAUACUUUGCUUGUAACUAUUUUUUAUUUAUUUUUUGUUUAGUUUUAAAUUUUGACCUUAUAGGCGCCAUUAGACAAUAUAACAUAUCUGACGAUAUUCUUCUCGAUAAAUAUUUUAUUAUGGCUUAAAAACAAAUAUUUAUAGAAAAUAAAAAUAUAUGUAUAUAUUUUAUUUGCUUGGCGACAUACAUAUAUUGUAGCGUCGUUAAUAAACGUUCAGAUAGUUAAUCGUCAAGCAUAUCGCCUGAAAUAUGUAUGUAUAUAAUGGCUCCUUACUGUGCUAUUUUUAAUUUUACUUCUAGUCUUCAGUUAUAUUGUGCUUAUAAUUUGGCUUUGUUACUGUAUUUUUAUUUUAAGUAUGAACAUUAAAAAACACACUAUAAACACUAAAUAUUUUAAAUGAAUUUAUUUAAACAAAAAAAAUUAUUCUGACCUAUUAUUAGAUUUCAGUCAAGUAUUUUUAAUGAAAAUCGCUUUAACGAAGUUAUCUGUAUCAUUCCUUAUCAUAAAGGCAAUCGUAUAAUUUAAAAGAUUUAAGAGUUUGGUAAGCAUUUUAUGGUUAGGAAUGUGUACAAUAUUUCAUAAUUAUAUAUUACACCUAGAUAAGCAUUAUAUGGGUCUCGUUAAAAGUACUUUCAAGAGGGGUUUCUCAUCUGUAAAAAAAGUCUUGUGUUAAAAUUUAAAUUUUGUGCAUAUCGUUGCAAAAGCCUGAUUUGUAGCGAAAUUUUUAUAAAAGCUAAAACGAAUGAGCGUCUGUUACACUAACACAAUUACACAGUAUAAAAGUAAGAAUUCUUAUUCUAAUAAAGAAAUCACAUCAUUACUUUUACUGGUGGGAACACCCUAAAAAAGUAUAGUAUAGUUUUUAAUACAUACUUAGAGUGAUAAAAACAUUCAGAAUAAAAAAAAACAAAUACUUAUAAAACAUCAGAAUGACAUUUUUUUUGUAAAUUAAAAACAAUACAAUAUUAUAGUUAAAUUCUAUUCAAUUUAAAUUAGUUCAACUAUUGUUCUUUUUUUUCUUUAUUUUUUUUAUAAUAUUUUCAUCUUGCUUUUAGACAUGAGUAAAAAAUGUAAAAAUUAGUAAAUAAUUCUCAUUGAGUAAAAAGUAUUACUCAAUAAGAUGUUAAAAUAUAAUAUUAAUUUUUAUGCAAUAAAAAUAUUGUUAAACCUAA